AUGAUCUCACAUUCUUCCUCCCGCCGGCCGCCAUCCCGUCCCCCCGCUCCCAGUCGAGGGUCGUCAUCACACUCCGUCGUCCCUUACCCUGCCUCGGAUUCCUAUCCAGCAAUUGAUUCCCGUGCGCACCAAAAUGAAGUCAUCGACUUGACGGAGUCCGAUGGCGGCGGCAUGGCUGAUAUCGGACGCCCUGCUAAAAGACCGCGCUUGGAUGUUGGCAAUGAGCCCCCCCAAUCUUCCUUAGACCACACCCACAACCAACAUCAGCAACAACAAUAUCAAAACCAAGACCAGCCCAGCUCUCAGCAUCAUGUGUCUUCCAUGACAGGUGAAACUCCAGAAUCUUCUAUGAAUCCCUUGGAUCUCAUGAGCUCCUCUUCGACAGAGCAGACUGGCCGCCCGCCAUGGUCAUUCAAGGGGGAGAUACCGAGGUCUGAUGCUGAGGCCCAACCUGAGGCUUCCCAAUGGCCGCAGUCCUCGUCUUUACCCCCGCUGCCUAUUCGUCCUUGGAAGUAUGGCCCGCAGGAACGGUAUCUCGCUGGGACGACGGACUCGAAAGGCGGUAAGGAGUGCGGGGCAGUGAAGACAACACCGUAUCGUAUCGAUGUUCCGUCCAUUGCGCCGCGGUUCGCAGAUAACAAACCUGCGGAUUUCUCCCCUUGGAGAGGGUCUCAUCCUGAGGAUGUACUGUCUGAGCAAACCGCCAAACAAGGCUUCUAUGACCGUGCCUCGGUGUCUAAUGAAACAACGAGCGCAAAAUCAGUUGUCUACCCCCAGUUCAAGAACCGGUCGGGAUUGAAGCUCCUGUCAUCCGUUUUUGCAGCAGCCCUGGAAAAACGUCAGGCUCUUCGCACAAUCACUGCGGCCUCGACUUUUAGACCUCCGCCCCGAGUUACACUAACCGACAUCAAACGUGAAGCGUGGCUUCGAGAUCUGGCAAACCCCUCUGUUCCGUUACGUAGGCUUAGUCGUACCAUACCUCACGGAAUCAGGGGGAAGGUUCUACUGGACCAAUGCCUUGGGAAAUCUAUUCCUAUUUGCCGAGCUAUAUGGCUGGCCAAAUGUGUGGGUGCCAACGAACUGCGCGCAUUUAAAAGAAAAGGGACGUCUGCCGGGGUUGCAAGCGGUCUCGAAGCGAAGUGGGUACGAGACUGGACGAUCAGUGUACAGCAAUUUGUUGAGGGUGUGAUUGCUGGUAUUGGUGACGCGAACUGGAGAUUGAGGAUUUCUUACAGUAUAAGACUCUUGGCGCGGCUCUUCCUCGAACACCUGGUUGAGCAAGACCAUUUCCUAGAAUGGUUCCUUACGUCGUUUCAUAAUUCUUCGGUCGAGAAUCUUCCUGUUUGGCUCCUCAUGGUAGGGAUUUACUGGGAAAAUAUCGUCCGUUAUCGGAAAAGGGGCAAACGGUUAGCUGAAUGCUUGCUGGAGAAACUGCGUCUGGCUACUGAGGCCGAUCAACACGCACAUUUGAACCCCCUUACCCGGCGCUUAUCUCGCCUUACCAAGACGUUGUCCCUAUCUCAUCCUUCGUGUUUCAUCCUUCCACGAUGCUGGGACAAAUACGAAAAUGUACUAUCAUCAUGUCUAGAUAUGAACCUCUCAGACGACAAGGCUGGUUUUCAGAACCUCAAGGCCCGAAAUGCUCGAGUUUGUCGGUUAGGAAAUAGUCGUCGGAAACCCACACAGUCAACCAAUCAGCGCCUAAUCCAACUUCUUGACUCCUCUAGUGAUGUUUCCACAAUUGGCACAGAGUGUUUAAAUAUAUCACAAGAUUAUAGCACUCUAGCCACCAAGGUUAUAGAGUGGGCAUCAACUUCCUUUCGAUAUGGUCUCGCGCGAAUUUACACAGCGGUGCGUGUUUUUCGAAGAUGGAAAAAGACUGGAAUCGAUAUAGAUUCCCACCUUCUUUCCUUCCUCGUACAAGAUCACCGGAAGUCAGGCGUGCGGUUUCUUGACGUGUACCACGUUAUUUGCGAACUGGUGCGAUCGCAAUCUUUUUCUGUAGCCAAGUACCUGCAGUGGCUUAUGGCUCGUGGUAGUGUCAGCAAUGUCUUGGGUUGUCCACAAAUGCAUAUCCCGGGCGAUAUUGGACUCCUCGGACAUCUGCCGUCAAGUCGUCUCCCAAACCACAUAUGGAAUUUGCGAAAUACACUCCUCUCAAGAACGGGUUUUUUAGUGGCUCUUGAGGUUGAUACCAUUCAACGCAUUAAGGCUUCCGUCCGACGGCGUCUUCCAAACAUGUUUCCUAAGGCCCCGCCUGAAGGGGAUGCUGAAAUGACGGAUGAUGUUGAUUUUUCUUCGCUAAGCUGGACGGUUAGGUCCGAAAUUGGGAAUUGGAUAAGGGAUCAGGUGGCUUCUCAUGUCAAAGAUAGCCUCAAAAGCGCUAUGGAUCGUGAUUUCGGAAGUGAGGUCAAAACGUCAGCACUUAUUCCUCAAGAGUUUUUCGAAGUACGAUAUAUUCUUGAAUGUCUCUGCGAUUUGUCCAUGCUUGCCGAUGUCUUGAAAUAUGCAUCCGGGUCCGACAAUGUUACCGUAUUAGCAUCAGCUGUCGACACGCUUAACUGUCAUCUGGAUUCGUUUAACGCCAUCGGCGCUACCAGUGAUCUCUUCAAAAGCUUCACUAGCGCUUACGCCAGAAUCAGCAAGGCAGAACUAUCGGUUCAAGAUCUAAUUGCUUCACUUUUGGAUGUUGCCAUCAAGCUUCCAGGAGAGCUGUCCACAGUUUCUCUGCUCCGCCGGGAUCUACUCCAGCGGGAUAGAAAACUGGCUAUGGCAGCCUGCUCUCCGGUCUCUGACCACAUCGUCGAUACGUUAAAUACCUCCAACCCCACAUUCACGGAAGAGCUAGAUCAGCUAUUAACUUCCGGGAAUAGCAUGGACGAAUCAACCGUGGCACGAAUCUUUGACAGCCUCUGCAAGAGACUUGAAGCUGGGAGCGUAAAUGGUGAGCAGUGUGCGCAUGACAUAGCGCGAUAUUUUGCACAACUCAGGCCGUUCAAUGCGAAAUUGUUCGACAACCUCAUGAUCAAAUGGGUCAUUUCGGUGCUGAGGUCGUCCCCUCGCCCAAAUCUAUCUACAAUGCUACCACCGCUUAUCGGCGUUGGUUGCGUAACAUUACAUUCUUUCUAUGUGCUGGCUAGAGCACUGUUGCAUUCCGAUGUGCAUAAAAGUACAAUUCCUGAUUUGGCAGAGCUUCGCAUCAGUAUGAUUCAACUUCUAGAUUCUAGGCUGUCCAAUGGGAAUGGGUCUCAGGACUUGGUUGCAUAUCGGUUUAAAAUUGCCCGGCAAGAGUACAUGAGACAAUUUUCUGGGGAAGCCCUCGGUCUCAUACAUGAUCUGCUCGCGGAGCUUUCUGAAGGUGGAACCGACUCUCUUCCCAAGCAAUUUAACAGUGAAUUGUUGAGUACCGUUGUGACACCGCUUUUGUGCGAAAUCAUUGUUCGACAUCCUGCUACUAUUAGUGCGGAUUAUGGGAUCCGUUUACUGGAAAAGUUUCCCGCCUGCAUAAACCUAACCGAUCGGGCUCUGGGUCAUUUGUUGGCGUCUCAAGUUCAAAGCGGUCUUGUUGCUGCUGAAGAAACUAUAGAAUCGAUUAAUGAUUUCUCUUUGCCAUUGUGUCUCAUGAAAUUACGACUACUUUUUGGUUUUGAGUGUGAUAGCAAUGUGAAGAAACGUAUUUAUGACGUGGUUUUUGAAACAGCUAAAUCAAAUAUGCGCAAGGGCCAGUCGCAUUGGAUUGAUGUUGUGGGAAGUUUACAUGCAGAUGCAGCAAAAGAGAUCCGCCAACGAGCAGAGGAGCAACUAUUGUCCCAUGUGCUCACAUCUGAUAGUCUACCAACCAGUCCGACAUCUGAGUCUAAUACGCCACCGGGCUUUAAUGUGUCUGCCCUCGUCUGUCUCCGUAUCGUGGAGGACCUAUCAUUCAGCAUUCCGGAGACUGGUAGCCCGUCACUUUGUCCUACGCUUAUCGAAAAAAUGAACAUGAUUUUGCACAGAAUUACCACCCUUGAAAAUAACCUGAUGGAAGCCAAUAUCAGUCAAGAUAACGACCAUGCCACCGCCAUCCGCCAGGCUCAUGUGGUACAGCAAUCUUCUGUAAUCGCAUUCUGGUUUUCUGUCUUGCUCCGCCUCAUCGCCAUCCACAGGUCCAGAUUUGCCCCAGGCACUCUAUCAAAGUCUGAUCUGGCCGACCAAACCCGUCUCCUAAUCUCAAUCAACUGCAUUGCCCUAUCGAGGACCCUCUCUCCCAAGGCCCCAGCCUGCCCACGCCCUUUUCCCUCAACCAGCCCUCUCACGCUCACCACCCCGUUGCAAGAACCGCGACCUCACUUCCCUUUUCAUGUCACUGACACUGGCAUAUCGACCUCCCUACAAAUCCAAGCCUUAGAUGUUGCCGCAACUCUCCUCGACUCCAUCCCAGAUGAUUACCGCCACCAAUGUGCCCGUUUCCUCCGCGACCGGUGCCCUCCGUUCCUACACCCACAAAACGACCCGCGCCUCCUCUUUCUUCUUGGGCCUCUAGCAGCAGACAACCAGCCAUCCCCGACCACCACGCAAUCCUCCCAGCAGCAGCCGGGAGGCUCCACGCUAUCUCAAGCAAAUCCAGGAACCCCUGGUACACCCGCGACGCCCUUAGUAGUAGCAUCAGUAGGUGCUACCGCAGCCUCCCAAUCUUCUCAACAAUUCCAGGGCGGUAACAGCUACAAUGCUGCCACGUUCAACCCCUUUGACGACCAAAAUUCGAUUGUUGGUAAGUUGCGCGUACAGCAACGAGGGCGGAUUGCGGGGCCAUAUCCACUACGGCCGUGGGAGAUGUUAGAGGAAUCAGCACCGGUUAUUGGGGUUAAUGACACGGCGGUGAAUUUGGGGUGGUUUGCGGCGAGGAGGAUUAGGGGUGAUGUUGCGUGA